AUGGCUUCCCUGAAUAGGCAAAUCCUUGCUUGCUUGUUCUUGUCCUUGCGCUUUGUUUUUCUGACCUUUGGACCCUGGCUCGCCCAUCUUCUGAUCGCCGACCUUCUGCUGUCUUGUCUGCUUCCGUUCGCAUUCCUCUUCCCCACCUCCACCUACCACACGGCAUCUACCAUUGCAGAGGGAGUAUGGCGCGGUGUGCAGCGCAUUUGCGAGGAUUCAAAUGGCGCGCAUAUCAUCUUGGCUGGAGAUGAGCUGCCUGUUGGAGAAAGUGCAAUCCUUGUUGCAAACCAUGUCGAAUGGUCCGAUUUCUACCUUAUCCAAGCCUUGGCCAUUCGUACCGCCAUGUUGGGCCGCUGUCGGUGGUUUGCGAAGAACACGCUCAAAUGGGUUCCUGUUCUGGGCUGGGGUCUGAUGGUCAUGGGUAUGCCACUGGUCAGUCGCAAGUGGUCCGAGGAUAAGCAAGAGAUGGAACGUUUGUUCAGUGGUAUCAAAAAAGGCCGCUGGCCUAUCUGGCUUAUUUCUUUCAGCGAAGGGACACGUUACAGGCCCAAGAAGCAUGCAGAAGCUGUCCGUUGGUGUGAAGCCAACCAAAAAUCACUGCCUCAACACACUUUGCAUCCUCGCCCAAGAGGGUUUGUCGCUACUGUGCAGCAACUGCGCAAAACGUCUCAUGUGAAAGCCGUAUACGAUGUCACGAUCGCUUACGCCGAGGAUGACAAGUUCAUGUCUCCACCUUCUUUCUUCAAAACUGUGUUUCAGCCAAAUUUGUCGCAGAGAUAUCGAAUGUAUGCUCACGUUCACCGCUAUGAACUUAGCUCUCUGCCCGAAACGGAUAGUGAGAUCACCCACUGGCUGGAAGAGAGGUGGACAGAGAAAGGCGAGAGACUGGCAAAGCUCAAGAAGUCAUUAGACUAUGGAGAACCGUGGAAAGGCACAACGAGCAAGGCCUAG